AUGAAGGUGGUGGACACCAUGGUCCUCAGCCUCGCUUGCAUGGGGAUGUGGAGCCUACUGGACUUCUGGGCCUUUCUGCUGACGAUGGUGCUGCUGAGGGUCCCGCCGCUGCUGAUCACCCUCUCCCUGAGCUUCUUCCUCCACCAGUCGAUGCUGCUGGCGGGCUUUCUGUUCGUCGGCUUCCUGCUGGGCUUCUGCCUCAUGAGAGUUGCGCUGCUGCGGGUCCUGCCGAUGCUGGUCAUGCUCUCCCUGAGCUUCUUCCUCCACCAGACGAUGCUGCUGGCGCACUCGCUGUACUUCCACCCCCUGAUGGGCUUCAGCCUCACGUCGACGGAGCUGCUGCAGGUCCUGCCGCUGCUGGUCACACUCAGCACUCACAUGCGCCUCCGGCGGGGCAUCUUCCUCCACCUGACGGCGCUGGGCGGCCUCCCCCUGAAGGCGCUGCGCUGCUACUCCCUGGGCAAGGGCUUCAUGGCGCAGACGCUGAUGACCAAGGGUGUGAUUUGGGUCCCAUCGCUGCCAGCACUUCGGGGCAGAGCGUGCGUGAUACUGAAGUUGGCUCUCCUCGCUCACGUCGACUUCCUUAUCGUGCGCGGCAUCACCGACCGGUGCGGCGUCAUGGAGGCCGUCUCCUUCUACUCGGCGGGGGCUCCCCCCGCCAUCGUCUCUGCCCCUGCGGGCGCGGAGAUCGACACAGACUCACCGAACUUCACGUCCGAUGAGGCGCUUGCAGUGAACACGUUCUCGACCGCCGUCGAGGUCACCACCCCCGACCGCUACGCCAUGCCCCUGAGAG